AUGAAAGAAGAAAAGAUGGACACUGAGAUUUCUGCGAGAAGAGAAGAAGUUUAUGCGUACGAAACAAAAUUGAGAAAAGAGGCUAUGAAGAUAGAUGAGAUUUCAAAAGUUUCUGGAGAAGGAGUUGUUAGAGAGCUGAGAAGAUCAAUUACAGUAAGAGGAUUCGGAAAAUGCAGAGUAGUCAAAGGUAAAGUGCUUUGCGAAGGGUACGAGUUCGACUCCGAUUCCGAAGCGUUUCAAAUUUACGCCCCAACUGGUCACCACGCCGUUGAAAUUUUUCCUCUUGGUUCUGACGCCACUGUCGAGUUUUUCCGAGGAACUCGUGUCAAGACCUUUUCUGAGUUGGAAAGUGGCAUGUUUCCGGUAAAAGACAAAGUUGACGGAGAAGAAAUUAUUUCUGGGCUGUAUCAAACGAGAGAAGACGGCUUUGUAGUUCCAAAGGAGCUCAAUGGUGUCAUUUCGUCCAUCAAAGACUGCCACUUCAGAAAUAUCAUGAUCAUCGGAGGAAAAGGGUCUGGGAAGUCGUCUGCGAACCGAUAUGCCUGCAACAUGAUGUUGAAGAAGUAUGGGAAAGUGAUUUGGGUGGAAUGCGAUCCUGGACAGCCAGAAUUCGAUGUUCCCGGAUUCAUGAGCCUGACUGAAGUUCAUCUACCUCGAAUCGGCCCUAGUUACUGUACAUUAGGUCAAGCAUAUUACAAAACAAGAGCUCGAACAUUUCUUGGCGACGUUUCUCCAGGUCAAAAUCCGCGACGAUACAUGCAAUGUGUCAAUUUUCUCCAAUCACAGUUGAAACUUCAUUAUCGAAACUCGGGCCUUCCCGUUAUUUACAACGGCAUGGGCUGGAUCCGAGCACUUGGCCUCGCCCUUACACAGGAUAUCAUCAGAGAUUGCAAUGUAGAACUGGUUUAUUAUCUGAAAGCGAAUUCUUCGAAUGAUCUGCCUGAUGGAAUGGAUCCACAAGCCUUAUUAGCUACGAGGGGUUAUCUAUCUUAUCCAACUCCUGAUGACGGCCGAGUAAAAAUCGUAGAAGACCUGAGCGUCACUGUCAAAGCUGCUAUUGACCGAAAACGAAUCACUAAAGGCUCUCAGCGAGAAUGGCACGCGCGGGACAAACGAGACGCGUUGUAUUCGAUCUAUUUCCACCGAAUUUUCAACGACCCGGAUUACAUGAGUCCCUGUAGAAUCAGCUUGAAUGAUUGCGUCUUCAAUAUUUUGAAUAGAAAUGUGAGGGAUAUAUUUGCAUUGCUGAAGCAUUCGCUUGUUGGAUUGGGAAGAAUUGAAAGAAAUUACUUUCCAAGAUUAGAUCGAGAUGGUUUUAGAAGGAUAUCGUACGAUAAUGGCUUUGAGUCUUGCUACGGGUUCGCUUGGAUCAUGGACGUUGAUUUGGCUAAAGGAGAAAUUCUGAUUCACUCGGACUUGACGCUAGAAGAACUGAAAGAGUUAGACAUAAAUUGCUUUAUUUGCGCUAACUUAUCACUGCCACUUGAUAAUUUCUUUGAAAAAGAAGCACAGAAAGCCUACCCGAAGACAAAGCCGUAUCUUCAUAUGCGAAAUUAUGACUUAGCCACUGCUAACAAGUUCAAAAAUACUCAAGUUCUGAAGAAAAAGACUGAAAAAUGA